UCAAAUUCAAUUCAUUGUCUUAUCAAAUUGGCGCUCGAUGUCGCUUGGCGUUGCCGUUCAAAAUUCCCUAUAUGCAGUACGGUUUUUAUCAGGGAAACCCCUCCAGCGAGACUUCAGUCGCCCACCAACCCUCAACGAGUCGAUAUAUCGGACGACGGCGCAGCUGGCGAGAGAGUGCCGCGUCGCGACGCCGCGCGUCGUUUCGCGAUAUUACCGGUGUUUUGUCGACGUGAGUGUGUCGUCCAGGACUCCGUUGUGUUUCUUCGCAAUUCGCAGAUCGUUCCUUAAGAAUUCUUGCCUGAGAAAAACGAGACGACGUCGCCAUCGCCGCUUGUGCCGUCCGCCCGUUUCCGUCCGCCGCGCGACGAAGAUGUAGACUGAAGCGAAGAUUUUUGUGUCGAUUAAUUCCAAGCAGUCGCAUCGUUUGAGCUCGUUUAGUAAUCGAGAAAUUGCGCAAAUUUUGGCGGUCAAGCAGUGUUGUUAGCUAAUAAUUAAGAAAUGAUCACGGAACGAUUCUCCAAACUCACGGCGAUCGUGCAGUGUCUAUCGAGAAACGUUGAAAGUGAAGUGUGUUAAUCGGGAAUUCGUCAAGGAUAUCCUAAAAAAUAGGCGGCGCGGUUUUGCUUGAGAUGGACUCGGUGGCGGUGACGGUGCCGCUUCGUCAGCCGACGAAGAAGAUGAAGAAGAGGAAGGAACUCGAUGCCCUCGCACCGGCGCACGCUAUCUCUCGCCGGAGUUCCGGGAAACGCAGCUCGCAGGAAUUGUUGACGGACAGCAGCGACGAUCGUUCGGAAUAUUGGAAUGUCUCCACCAGAAACGGACGCAAGUGUAGAGGCAGAAGGGGACGUGUUUGUCCCGGGUUCCUUAAGGCUUGUAACGCUUUUUUGGCAUGUGCCUCUGUAUUAGCGACCGCCAGUCUGAUAUGGCUAUUCAUCGACGUUCGUCAACAGCUUACCGCUCUGCGAACCGAGUUAGACCAAGUGAUAGCGGGCAGCGAGGGUGUUCCGGAUGCUUUACAGAAAUGCCACUCGUUGUCGAGAGAUCUCCAGAAUAAUCAAACAAUAAUUUUCUCCAGACUAUCCGAUCUUAAACAGCAGAUAAAUAAUUUUACGGUACAGCAGGACUUACAUAAAAUACAGGAGUACUUUCAAGCCGCGCCCGAGAUGGCCAAUUUGCCGAAACGCUUGGAUGAGUUGUCAACUAGCGUUGCAACAUUUGGUAGUCAAAUAAGGGAUCUCGGGGCCACAGUGAAUACCCUAAAAGAGACGAACAUGAGGGUACAGGAUGCACAGACCACUAUGCAACAAAACAUUAGCAGUAUUAAGCACACCAUGUUAGAAUUGUCGAACACUACUCAAAAGCCUCAAAUACUGAGCACUGACGAAACGCAAGUUAAGACUGACAAACUAAACAUCACGAUAUCUCAUUUAAUGAAUAAUUUAACGCAUGUUAAUGAGACCCUGUCGAGCAAAUUACAAUGGGUCGCCGAUGAUCAAGGCAAGGAUCGCAAAAAAUUAGUUUCACUUCAAGAAGCAACGGCGGCCAUUAACACAACAAUGAUGUCUUUGCAAGGGGAGUGCGUUAAAAUGUCUGAGCAGGUUUCCGUUCUAGCAUCGAUUCAGCAAUUAACAAAAAAGAUGAACGAGGUACGCACAACCGACGUGGAAUUAAUUGGCAAGUUAAAACAAUUGGAACAAUCGUAUAACGGACUGAAGAACUUUACCAACAUAAUAUUCACAACUGUAUCUGAGAUGCAGAAUCAGCAACAGAUCAAUAAGAUCAAGUUACCGGAACCGUUAAGUGGUGAUGUGACAACGGAAAUGGAUCGCGGUGCGACAGAUGUAAGUGAUAUUGCUCAGAGAAAGAAUGACAAGUCGCAAAUAUGGCGGAAGCGCAAUUUCAUCAGCGAGCAGUAAACGAACCUAGAAAAAACUCGCGCUUGAAAAGAGACUUUCACAUGGAUAAAAAUCGCAAUCUAAGAAGCUGUGUAUUUGUAAAUAUUAAUGAAUUAAGUACACGUUAUACAUGUACAUAGAAAGAUACUAUUUAUGAUACCGCAUGGGUAUCCAGUGGAACAAUAAUCCACCGUGAUCUUCAAUUGAUCUGCAAUUGCAUUGAGAAGAGGAGACUAUCGUGAGCGUGCCGUGGCCUGAAUGAAGCUACUUACAUCGAACAAUAACUCGAAGCGUAUUAACAUUAUUGUUAGCGAGACGAACGUUCUGUAUUCGACCUA